AUGGAGAAUCCCUGCCUCACUUUUGUGACGCCGACGCUACUCGCUGGUGACCGCUCGCUCACGAACGUCGUCGCGCACGGGAUCGCCCACUCGUGGACGGGGAAUCUCGUCACCUGCCUCACUUGGGAGCACUUCUGGCUCAACGAGGGCUUCGACGUCUUUCUGGAACGGAAGAUCCUGAGACGACUCACAGGGGACGCGAUCUACGAGCUACACAAGGACGUGGGGAAGGUCACUUUGUGGAAGACAGUUGUUCGCAUCGGGGAGGGUCACAACUUUACGCAGCUCGUGCCCAAUCUGUCCGGGGGCAAAGACCCAGACGACGCAUUCUCACAGAUACCGUACGAGAAGGGCUUCUACUUCAUCUGUUACCUUGAGGCUCUUGCCGGGGGUGCCGCUGCUUUUAUGCCUUGGUUCAAAGACAUCUGGCUUGGAGGAACAUCCCGCAGUGUCACCAGUGAGGAUCUUCGACGUUCGUACUCCGAGGCUUUUCCUCGCGCGGCAGCCAAAGUCGACUGGAACUCCUGGUUCUUCACGCCAGGGUUCCCAACGCUCGGAGCCACGGCAUCAGUGGAGAGCCAAUACGCCUCGGCCCUGGGUGCCGCCAGCAUCGCCCUCGCGAGAUCUUGGAGAGCAGCCGAUGAGAAGGAUCUGUCAAAGCUCGGGCUGCCAGAUGACAUUGCGGGCUGGUCGACGAAUCAAAUGGUGCUGUUUUUGGACGAGCUCUCCAAGGAAAAGUUGACGCUGGCGAAGUGCAAGCGCCUCGGGGAGGUGUACUCUCUCACGAAGAGCAGAAAUUGCGAGCUGCGCCUGCUCUGGUACGAGAUCGCGAUCGCCGCCGAGUACAGGGAAGAGAGGAUGGCAGCCGCUGCUUUCGCCACGGAGCAGGGGCGCAUGAAGUUCGUGCGCCCGGUGUACCGGGCGUUGUGCAAAAGCAGUUCUGGGCGGCAGUUGGCGUUGGACACGUUUGCGGAGUACCGUUCCUCGUACCACCCGAUCUGCCGCAAGAUGAUCGAGUCAGACUUGGAAUUAGUUUGA